AUGACGUGCUGCUUGAGCGAGGAAGCUCGCGAACAAAAAAGGAUAAAUCAGGAAAUUGAGAAGCAGCUGCAACGCGACAAGCGUAAUGCUCGUCGGGAGCUCAAACUACUCCUUUUGGGUACGGGUGAAUCUGGGAAGUCGACGUUUAUCAAACAGAUGCGAAUCAUUCAUGGUAACGGAUACAGUGAGGAAGACAAAAGAGGACAUAUUCGUUUAGUUUACCAGAAUGUAUUUAUGGCAAUGCAGGCAAUGAUAAGGGCAAUGGAUACUCUUGGCAUUCCUUAUGGAGAUCCUUCUCCUGAGUUACAAGAAAAAGCGAACGUUGUUCGCGCAAUUGAUUAUGAAAACGUAACAUCUUUUGAAGAACCUUAUGUCAGCUAUAUUCAAGACUUAUGGGGAGAUAGUGGCAUCCAAGAAUGCUACGACCGUAGACGGGAGUACCAGUUAACUGAUUCAGCAAAAUAUUAUUUAUCUGAUUUGCAACGUCUGGCUGCGCCAAAUUACUUACCGACAGAACAGGAUAUUUUACGUGUUAGGGUACCCACAACGGGUAUCAUUGAAUAUCCCUUCGACUUGGAGCAGAUAAUCUUCAGGAUGGUUGAUGUUGGUGGUCAAAGAUCCGAAAGGAGGAAGUGGAUUCACUGUUUUGAGAAUGUUACAUCGAUUAUGUUCCUGGUUGCUUUAUCAGAGUACGAUCAAGUUUUAGUGGAAUGCGAUAAUGAGAACCGCAUGGAAGAGUCUAAGGCUCUUUUCCGUACUAUUAUCACUUACCCGUGGUUUACCAAUUCUUCAGUGAUCUUGUUUUUGAACAAAAGAGACUUAUUGGAAGAGAAAAUUAUGUAUUCACAUUUAGCUGAUUACUUCCCAGAAUAUGAUGGCCCUCCAUGUGACGCUAUUGCCGCUCGAGAGUUCAUUUUGAAAAUGUUUGUCGAUUUGAAUCCAGAUGCAGAUAAAAUUAUAUAUUCGCAUUUUACUUGUGCGACAGAUACGGAAAACAUCAGGUUUGUAUUCGCUGCCGUAAAGGAUACGAUUUUGCAGCAUAAUCUUAAAGAAUACAACCUGGUAUGA